AUGGUUGCUCAAGAUAAUCCCUCGAUUGGGGGACUAGAUAUCUCAUACGGUCCAUCAGGCCUCAAGGGGCUUGUGAAAAGUCCUUAUCUCCUUUCACAGGCAUUGUUUUCUAGCAUUGGAGGCUUACUUUAUGGUUACGACCAAGGUGUCAUAUCAGGAGUUAUUGUGACGACAAGCUUUGGAAAAGAAUUCCCUAAACUUGCAAGCGACCCAGGGCUUCAAGGCUGGAUGGUUUCGGUCCUAACGCUGGGUGCCAUGUUCGGUGCCUUUGUAAACGGCCCUAUUGCCGACCGAUUCUCUCGACGCUGGUCAAUCUUAUAUGCUAACAUAAUCUUUCUGAUCGGCUCAGCAAUUCAGGCCGGCGCUGUGAACCUACCUAUGAUAUUCAUUGGGCGUUUUAUUACGGGCGCGGCAAUCGGCAUGCUUUCGAUGGUGAUACCGCUAUACCUGAGUGAGCUAUCACCCCCAGAACUGCGUGGUAGUCUUGUUUCACUACAACAAUUGGCCAUCUCGUGUGGUAUUAUGGUUUCCUUUUGGAUUGACUACGGGACACAAUAUAUUGGCGGGACAGGUGAUGGCCAGUCACAGGCUGCUUGGCGUUUACCUUUGGCCUUGCAAUGUGUGCCUUCGCUGCUCCUGGCAUGUGGCACUUUCAUGUUGCCUUAUAGCCCACGUUGGCUGAUGAAAGUCGACCGUGAAGAAGAGGCACGGGAUGUCCUUUGCCGACUUCGCCGCGUCCCAGAAUCUGACUAUCGAAUUCGCCUGGAGCUGUUGGAAAUUAAAGCGGCGACUAUAUUUGAGCAAGAGAGCAGGGCAACAAAGUACCCGAACAGCAAGGGGAAACUUCAAGUAGCCAUGCAGGAGUAUAAGGAUCUGUUUGUGCUGCGUCACCUUAACCGCCGCCUGUUCAUCGCUUGCAUGCUUCAAUUUAUCCAGCAGUUUACAGGAAUCAAUGCCGUGAUUUAUUACGCUCCGACAAUGUUUCAAUCCAUCGGCCUUAGUGGAAACUCGGUCAACCUCCUCGCAACUGGUGUUGUGGGUAUCAUCCUAUUUCUCUGUACCAUUCCUACGGUUCUGUUUAUCGACAGGUGGGGACGUCGUAAAAUCCUGCUCUUAGGUGCAGCAGCAAUGUCUAUCUCCCAGCUCAUUGUUGGCACUUUAUAUGCUGUGUAUCGGAACCGUUGGGAAACAAAUGUCAGUGCCGGAUGGGCAGCAGCUAUUUUCAUUUGGGUCUAUAUCGCCAAUUUCUCAUACAGCAUCGGUUGUAUCAACUGGAUUAUGCCCUCGGAGAUUUUUCCUCCUGGUGUUCGUUCCAAGGGUGUGAGUAUCGCUAUUGCGACCAAUUGGUUGACGAAUUUCAUCGUCGCUCUGAUUACGCCGCGGAUGCUCCAGUCAAUCACAUUUGGAACUUUCUAUUUCUUCCUGGCAUUUUGCGUAAUCCUCUUCGUGUGGGUCAUGUUCUUUGUCCCCGAAACAAAAGGGGUGCCGAUCGAGGAAAUGGACAAGAUAUUCGGUGGAAACCAGGGCCAGGCAGAUAUGCAGCGUAUUACGGAAAUUCGACACAGACUGGGUAUUCUCUCUGCAGAAGAAAUGGACUUAGCCAAGGCUAAGGAGGCGGAUAUAGACUAUGCCAUCGUGGAAGAACAGGAGUGA